CCCCCCCCCAAUUUUGCGCGCGCAGGCCGGGCGCGCCUCCGGGCGGGGCCGCCCCUUUUUCUACGCGGCGCCGGCGCUGCGCGGCCUCAGCUGACAAACGGGCCUCCUCGGUGCGUCAUGGCUGCGUCGCUGAGGGCAACCUUUUGGCUGGGGAAUGAAACCUUGAGAGUCUCGGCAGCACUUUUCGCCUUGAACAGGACCCGCUUGUGUGACCGGCUGAGAGCAAACAAGGCCGUUCCCCAAAAUGCCAUCGUCGUCUUGCAAGGCGGAGAGCAGACCAACCGCUACUGUACCGAUACAGGCGUUGUUUUUCGCCAGGAAUCCUAUUUUCAUUGGACUUUUGGGGUAACAGAGGCCGACUGCUAUGGAGCCAUUGAAGUGGACAAUGGAAAUACCAUCCUCUUCAUCCCGAGGCUUCCAGAGAGCUAUGCCGUUUGGAUGGGAAAGAUCCACCCUCCUGAGUACUACAAGGAGAAAUAUGGGGUUAACGAAGUACACUAUACAGAUGAGAUUGCCUCUGUUUUGGCUUCGAAAAACCCUUCGGUUCUUCUUACUCUGCGAGGAAUUAACACCGACAGCGGAAGCGUGACCAGGGAAGCGUCUUUUGACAAAAUCAGCCAGUUUACAGUAAACAAUACAAUUCUCCAUCCUGAGAUUGCAGAAUGCCGUGUCAUUAAGACGGACAUGGAAUUGGAAGUCCUCCGCUACACCAAUAAAAUUUCCAGUGAAGCUCAUAAAGAGGUAAUGAAGGCCGUAAAACCUGGCAUGAAAGAAUAUGAGUUGGAGAGCCUGUUCCAGCACUACUGCUACAAGAAAGGAGGCAUGCGGCACACUUCCUACACCUGCAUCUGUGGCAGUGGCGAUAACAGCUCGGUUUUGCACUACGGCCAUGCUGGAGCCCCAAAUGAUAAAACCAUUGAAGAUGGAGAUCUCUGCCUCUUUGACAUGGGGGGAGAGUAUUACUGCUACGGGUCAGACAUCACCUGCACCUUUCCUGCCAACGGGAAAUUCACUCCCGACCAGAAGGCUAUCUACGAGGCCGUCUACCGAUCCUCCCGGGCCGUGUUCAGCAGCAUCAAGCCAGGGGUGGCCUGGCCUGAAAUGCACCGUCUGGCAGACCGAGUCCAUCUGGAAGAGCUGACGAAAAUUGGCAUCCUCCGCGGCAAUGUGGAGGACAUGGUGGCGGUCCAUCUGGGUGCUGUAUUUAUGCCUCACGGGCUGGGACACUUUCUUGGGAUUGACGUUCACGACGUCGGCGGCUACCCGGAGGGAGUCGAUCGCAUUGACUUGCCCGGUCUCCGGAGUUUGCGGACUGCCCGGACCCUCCUCCAAGGCAUGGUGCUGACCGUGGAGCCUGGCAUCUAUUUCAUUGACCAUGUCUUGGACCAGGCCUUGGCGAAUCCAGCGCAGGCCUGUUUCAUCAACAAAGACGUCCUGGCACGUUUCCGAAACUUUGGUGGGGUACGGAUCGAGGACGAUAUUGUGGUGACAGCCAACGGCAUGGAACUGCUGACUUGUGUCCCUCGUACGGUCGCAGAAGUCGAAGCCUUCCUGGCCGAGGCUCAGGGCAGCACCAAAUCUUUUGCUUCGUCUUCUAGCUAGGUGUCCACUCCGCCCUGGAGGUUUGGGGCUCCUUGCAGCCAGCCUGCCUUGCGCCUCAAGAGAAGCCUGCUUGUUGCAAGGGAAAGCAGCUUUCCAAAUCAAAGUCGUUUUUUCCCCCCCUUGGGAAGAUAUUGGGGGGGGGGGAAGCGACGGCACCAAAUCUCGAUUCUCCAUCUUGCCUCUUGACAAGUUUUGCCCCGAAUGACGGGCGUAGCCGCUGAUAAGCAAAUACAGGAAUCAGUGCAACCGAAUCCCGUUUCUUCUUCAUAGCCAAUAAAGAGCCCAAGUUCUGCCAAAUGAAAUCAAUGAAUAAAAAAAAGUCUUGCUUUGAA